AUGGCUAAACAAGAGAAGUCUUUCGACACCAGAAAAUUCCUUAUCGAUCUUGCCUCAGGAGGUUAGUUAUAAUUCACGUAAAUUGUUUCUAGAUGAUCCUGAAAAUUUCCAAAAAUGGGCCUAAUUUUGAAAAACUUACGAAUUUUCUUAAAUUUGAAUUUUUAGGUACCGCUGCUGCCGUCUCCAAGACUGCUGUCGCCCCAAUUGAGCGUGUCAAGCUCCUUCUUCAAGUGAGUUUUUUCCCAGAGAAAUAUUUACAAAAUUAUCCAAAUUUAGGUCCAAGAUGCUUCCACCGCUAUCACCGCUGACAAGCGUUACAAGGGUAUCGUCGAUGUCCUCGUCCGUGUUCCAAAAGAGCAAGGAGUCGCCGCUUUGUGGAGAGGAAAUCUCGCCAACGUUAUCCGAUACUUCCCAACCCAAGCUUUGAACUUCGCCUUCAAGGAUACCUACAAGAACAUCUUCCUUGAGGGACUCGACAAAAAGAAGGACUUCUGGAAGUUAGUAUCCCCCCACACUUUGUCUCAAUUAAUUAAGAAAAAUAUGUAAUUAGAAAUUUUUAGAUUCUUCGCCGGAAACUUGGCUUCCGGAGGAGCUGCUGGAGCCACCUCCCUCUGCUUCGUCUACCCACUCGACUUCGCUCGUACCCGUCUUGCCGCCGAUAUCGGAAAAGCCAACGACCGUGAAUUCAAGGGACUCGCCGACUGUCUCAUCAAGAUCGUCAAAUCCGAUGGACCAAUUGGACUCUACAGAGGAUUCUUCGUCUCCGUCCAAGGUAUCAUCAUCUACCGUGCCGCUUACUUCGGAAUGUUCGACACCGCCAAGAUGGUCUUCACCGCUGAUGGACAAAAAUUGAACUUCUUCAUGGCCUGGGGUAUUGCUCAAGUCGUCACAGUCGGAUCCGGAAUCCUCUCAUACCCAUGGGACACCGUCCGUCGUCGUAUGAUGAUGCAAUCUGGACGCAAAGACAUCCUCUACAAAAACACCCUCGACUGUGCCAAAAAAAUCAUCGCCAACGAAGGAAUCGGAGCUAUGUUCAAGGUAAGAAUAUAAAUUUAAAGCAUUUUGAACGGACCAAACUCUUAAUUUUCAGGGAGCCCUCUCCAACGUUUUCCGUGGAACCGGAGGAGCCCUCGUUUUGGCCAUCUACGACGAAAUCCAAAAAUUCAUCUAA